CCGGGGGGAAAAAAGGGGAAAAAAAAAAAAAGAAUCGAGACAUAAAGAACAAAGGGGUCAUUUAGAAUAAGAGAAGAAGCGAGCAUCUUUCCCCCUGAGAAGCAGAGCCAUGUGCGGGGUGGAGAGGGAGUGAGUGUGGGGUCAACAGAGGCACACCUUGUGGCAGGUGACGGGGUACCUGAGCGGGGAAGGAGCCGAGUCAGCAUGAGGCUGGUGGUGCUGGGACUGAGUCUGCUGGUGGCUGGCACGGCGGCCGGUGCCGGCGGCGGCGGGGGCGGGGGGCAGAGACGGGGCGGGGAGGGGAGGAAGAGGCUGCACCGCGUCCAGCACGGCCACUGCAGCUACACCUUCAUCCUGCCGGAGGUGGAGAGCUGCCGGGGGGGCGGCAGCCCCGACCAGUACGGCAACAUCAACGUGGCGCAGCGGGACGCGCCCCCGCCGGAGAGCGAGUGGUCCGCCCAAAAGCUGCAGCACCUGGAAAGCACCAUGGAGAACAACACACAGUGGCUGCAGAAGCUGGAAAACUACAUCCAGGAAAACAUCAAGAGUGAGAUGGUGCAGAUCCAGGCCCAUGCUGUGCAUAACCAGACAGCCACCAUGCUGGAAAUAGGAACCAACCUGCUGACCCAGACUGCUGAGCAAACCCGAAAGCUUAAUGUAGUGGAGGCACAGGUUAUGAACCAGACAUCAAGAAUCGAGAUUCAACUAUUGGAGAACUCAUUAUCUACAAACAAACUUGAGAAGGAGCUAUUGAUGCAGGUCACUGAGAUUUCAAAACUCCAAGACAAAAAUAGUCGUCUGGAGAAAAAGGUGCAGGUCCUGGAGUCUCGGCAGAGGACAGAGUUGGAGGACAUGAGGGAGGAGAAAGAGAGGCUCCAGGACCUGGUGGCGCGACAGACGGCAUCCAUAGAGGCCCUGGAGAGACAGCUGCACACGGCCAGCACCAACAACUCCCUCCUGCAGAGGCAGCAGCAGCAGCUGAUGGACUCGGUGCACACGCUCAUCAGCUUGCUGUCCGCAGGCUCAGUGCCACUGCCGAGGGAGCAGAAGUUCCGGGACUGCGCCGAGGCAUUUAAAGCAGGAAAUAAUAUCAGCGGAGUCUACUACUUGCACAUUGGCAACAUGACAGAGCCCACAAAGGCGUUCUGUGACAUGGAGACGAGUGGAGGAGGCUGGACCGUUUUUCAGCGCAGAAUCAAUGGAAGUGUGGACUUCCAGAGGACCUGGAGGGAGUACAAAAUGGGUUUUGGGGACCCCGCAGGGGAGCACUGGCUGGGCAACGAGGCAGUGUACCAGAUGACCAACCAGGCCCAAUACACCCUUCGGGUGGAACUCAAGGACUGGGAGGGCAACGCUCCGUACUCACAGUAUGAGAAAUUCCAGCUGGGCAGCGAGAGGCAACAAUACAGAUUGUUCCUGAGGGGCUACAGUGGAACAGCUGGACACCAGAGCAGCCUAACAUCUCACGGCACUGGCUUCAGCACCCGGGACUCUGACAACGACAACUGCCUGUGCAAAUGUGCCCUCAUGCUGACCGGGGGCUGGUGGUUUGAUGCCUGUGGCCUUUCAAAUCUGAAUGGCAUGUACUACACAGUGGGCCAUAACAUCCGCAAACUGAACGGCAUCAAGUGGCACCAUUUCCGGGGUCCCAGCUACUCCCUGCGCGCCACAACCAUGAUGAUCCGGCCGUCCGACUUCUGAGCAGGAACAUCCCCCUGAGAGGCGGAUGGCAAAAGCUGGACAAACGUGGCUUCUUGCUUUUGCCUUGCCAAGUGCUUUAAACGACCAAUCAAGCAGUCACUGGACGGCCAGAUCUGAUUUACUGGAUGCAGAGGCUGAAGUCAGUAGAAGAGACUGAUAGAUAGUGGGGAGGGCUUCUCCCUUUUUAUGGCAGCUUCACAAUGUCUUUGCAAUGGCUCUCCUUCUUUUUGCCAAAAUUUAUGAUGUGUUCUUUGCGUGUGUGUGCAAACGAAAACUGCCACCCUUCUGAUGUGAAUGGUGCGUCUCACUGCAUAAUUCAAAGGGAGCGCUGUUUUUACUCUGUUACUGUCCGCAAACCGAGACUUGUCAGACGUCACGACAGCACUGUGCAACGCAAUAGAGGAAAUCAGACUCAAUCCGUCAUGAGGUCGGUGGAGUAACCAUUCGUAUGGCUAAGGACAACACAUGAACUGUUUCACUGAAAUUUAUACAGAACAUGUUUUUACUUUCAUCAAUAAUUGUGUAAUCAUUUUACUAAACUGUGGCAUUCCCCUAUUUUUGUAAAGACCUGUUCUGCCUUACUACUUAUUUUCACUAAUGGGCUGCUUACAUGUGUGCAAGUCCCUCUACACUCCUGUUUUGUACAUUUAUGUCAUGCAAAUUUACCUUUCUGCUGAUAAUUCAAACAGCAGUAAAUGUACAUGUAUUUGUAUUGGGUUCUCUAGCUCUUCAUCCUCCUUACUUUAAAUGGUAGUAACUUUAAAUGUGUAAUGUUUUAUGAUACUCUCCAUAUUAUAACAUUUGUCAGAUAUAAUAGGUAAGUGAACUAAAAAAUUAACACAAAUAUAUUGAAAACAUUUUUGUGGCUCAGUGGCUUAGGCGUUUGUCUUGAAUGCAAGGUGAGUUCUGCAGACAGAGUUCAAUCCCAGCUGUCAUCCCAGAGCGGCAUGACAAGUUGGCUUCACAGGAGGACAGGGAUGGGCAUGUCCCUGUCCAGCCGCUCUCAGGCACGCUGCAGUUUGUUGGGCACAUGCAGUUUGGAUGAUGUCAGCAAAGCCGUGCCCAUCCUCCAGUUGGUGCUUACUUCACUGUAGUGUGCUGCAUGACUUGUAGUGUGAGGAGCAGUCACUGUUGGUGUGCGAUUGCAUCUGAGGAUUGUGUUCACUAUUCCCAGUACUCCUGUGCAAGUGCUGAGGGUGUCUCAGUGGUAUGAGUUGAAAUGAAUAAAGGGAAAAGAACUCAUAAAGGAAAAGUGUGUAAAAAAAGAAAAGAACAUUCUUCAC